GGGAAUGUUGUUGUGUUCAGGAGACGUUGUGGGAGGCAGCGAAGCACGUCCAUGUGACAGAGCAACUGAAAUAGAAGCAGCCAGGCUUUCUACACAUCCACAUAGAAUUCACAGGUGAAGCAGGAGCCGUUACACCUCCAUCUGAAACUUCAGCUCAGAAACCUUUUAAAAUAGGAGCCAGACUUUGACCAAAUCCUCCAAAAUGUGUGAAGAUGCUGCUCGAGCUGAUCAAAGUUCAUCCACCCUGCCUGCUCCAACAAACUCUGAUUCCUUCACUGCUCCAGCGGUGGAUGCCCAGGACCUCUUCCUCCCCAGUUCAAGUCCUACCUCCCCGACUCACACACUCACCCGCCUGAGUUCCAAAACUCCGACCAGCCCAGCAGGCACCGGAAACCAGGUGAGUGCCAUCACUGUGGUGGCACUGCUUGACCAGCUGGUGGUGAUGAUUGAGGCUGUGCAGGAGAACCAACGGCGCAUGGAGAAACGCCAGGCUGACCUGGAGGGCACUGUGCGGGCCGUGCAGGCUGACUUGACUCGCCUAAGCAAGAGCCAUGCAUCUACCUCUGGUGGUGUCAACAAGCUGCUCGAACGCUCACGCAAGACUGGCAACUACGUCAAAGAAGUGCGUGAACGUCUCGAUCGCCAGAGUGGCCAGGUCAAGCGUCUGGAAACCAACCAUGCACAUCUGCUCAAGAGGAAUCACUUCAAGGUGCUCAUUUUCCAGGAGGAUAAUGAGAUCCCCACCACCUUGUUAACUAAGGAAUCCACAGCAGAUAUUGCCUCAACCUCUGUUCAGGAUGAGAAGCCUGCCUCUCCACGUGCUUCAGUGAUUGAUCCCAACCACUCCCAUGAGGAAGGAUUGCAGACCAUCAGCCUUUCCUCUGAUGAAGAGGAAGGAGCAGUGAGCCCCCCACUGGAGGGCAGCACAAUGCUUGGAGAGGUGCCUGAGGAUGAGUUCCCAGGCAUGGGAAGUGAUCAUGUGGAGUGGUCUCGCACUGACAAGUUUAAGCGAUCCAGUCUGAAGAAGGUAGACAGCCUAAAGAAGGCCUUCUCACGCAAAAGCAUUGAGAAGAAAAUCAAUAAGAUUGUGCCCCCGGAGCGGCGUGAAAAGAUCAGGAAGAGCUUCUCUCCCACCCAUCCUAAAAGCCCAACCAGUAAAAGCUCGUCCUUUCGCGUCUCACCCAUGACUUUCACUGUCAAGAAGGUGCGAGAUGGAGAAGGUGAGGCUACUCAGGCUGUGAGUGAAAAUGCUACAGUGGAGGUGCCACCCAUGGGGGGACUGGAUGGUCAGCUACCAAUGGCAGAGGUCCAUAAUGAAGAAGAAAAGAUUAAUGGAAUGGAGCACAGUCCAUCCCCCACAGGCAGUGGAGAUGGGGGUGCCUCAGUUACAGAAGAUGCAGAGUUUGAUAAUGGUCCUUCAGACAAGGUUGCAGAAGAAGAGGAGUUACAGGAGCCCAGUGAAGCUAAUAAUGCAGCUGAUGCUCAUGAGAAUGGAGGUCAUAAUGUUGUAGAUGAAGAGGAGGACAAGUCUGUGUCUGCACCUGAAUCUCCCCCGUCAGCUGCAGUAGCUAUCCAGCAAGCUUCUUAGAUUUACUAGCAUUCCAUCUGUUGUGGAGAUCUUGGCAUGGGAGCAAACCAUCUGUUCAAAGUCAGCUGUGUUAUGUAAGAGCUUGUCUGAUAGAAAACUUGUGUAAAAAGACUUUUUUUUGUCUUGAACUGAGCUUGACAUGGUAAUGGGUGAAAACUAUUCAACAAACUGAAUUAUGUCUUACCACACUUGAUAUAUUAAAAUUUUUAUAGCUAUAUCUUCUUGUAUAUAGUCUUAAACCUCUAUUGCAUGCCAUCCUAUACUUCAGAUACUAUCCUUCCCAAUAUACUGGACUACAACAGAUAACCAAAUCAAAUGUGAUUCCAUAGAGUAAUUAAGGGAUUAAGAAAUACAGAUUGAGAAAUGCCCUUUUUUAUGAAAAAUAUGAGAGAAAAUCAGUUGCUUAUGCUGUAUACUGUCUGACUUCCCCGAUAAUUGUUUACUGCUUUCAGAGCAAAAUAGAUUUUCAGCAUAACUCAUAACACUGAAAAUUAUUUUUAAUAAAGUGAUUAUCGAAGA